AUUAAACUUUCGGAAAUAAUAUUUUAAGCUAAAUCGAUAUAAUGCAACACGUUCCACAUUUGGUGGCCACUGCCGUAUAAUUAUUCAGAUUGAAUGUGUGCCAUUGUUAUUUUUGUGAAAUGUCAAUGUGACAGUUGGCAGUAGUGCUUGCAAUUUGGGUGCUCUUUUUCUUUUACUUCCUUUUCUUACCGAGCAAGCAGCAAAAUGUCGAAAAGAGGACGUGGUGGAACCGCGGGUGGAAAAUUCCGCAUCUCACUUGGUCUACCAGUGGGCGCUGUGAUGAAUUGCGCUGAUAACACAGGUGCGAAGAACUUGUUUGUAAUUGCUGUACAUGGCAUUCGCGGUCGAUUGAAUCGUCUGCCAGCUGCUGGAGUUGGUGACAUGUUUGUAGCUACAGUGAAAAAGGGCAAACCUGAGCUAAGAAAGAAGGUUAUGCCAGCUGUAGUUAUCCGUCAACGCAAACCAUUCAGAAGGAGGGAUGGUGUUUUCAUAUAUUUUGAAGAUAAUGCGGGGGUUAUUGUGAAUAAUAAAGGUGAAAUGAAAGGUUCCGCUAUCACUGGACCUGUGGCGAAAGAAUGUGCUGACUUGUGGCCUCGUAUUGCAUCUAAUGCCAGUUCAAUCGCCUAAUUUUUGAAAUAAAUGAUAUGAUACCAACUAAAAUAUAUCGCAUUGUAUAUUUAAAUUACAUUUAAAUGUAA